AUGUCGUCAGCCAAGUUGCGUCAGUUCCCGAAGAACGAGACAUUUCCCGACGAAUUUCUGCGCCUCGUGCCCAAGACAGAUCUUCACUGCCACUUGGAUGGUUGUCUUCGUCCCCAGACUCUCAUCGACUUGGCCAAUCAACAGGGCGUGAAGCUCCCCACUUACGACGCUGAGCAGCUGAACCGCGACGUGUUCAAAGAGACUUAUGACUCUCUCGAGGAGUAUCUCGUCUGCUUCUCCUACGCUUCGGCCGUGCUGCGAACCAGUGAAGCGCUAGAGCGCGUUGCCUACGAACAGGCGUGCGAUCAGUUCGCUCUAGGUGUCCGAUACUUCGAGACUCGCUUCGCUCCACAACUCAAUGCGGUCCCAGGUGAAUUGCCACUUGAAGAAGUUCUGCUCUGCGUCAAUCGCGGCCUGAAACGCGCCACCGACGAGUAUAAUGCUAAGGACAAGGAUGUGGUCUCUGGGCUGGCACCUCGGUUCGCCUAUGGUAUUAUUGUGUGUGCUAUGAGGUUCUUCACGUCGGAGUUUGGUCCGUACUACAAACAAUUCUGCGAUGUGCAUCGUCACGAGGAUCCCCACCGACUGUAUGGAUUGGCAUCCAUGGCGCUGAUCACACAGGCUUAUGCUACCAAGAUGCAGCACGGCGUGCCUGUUGUGGCUCUGGAUAUUGCGGGAGCUGAGAGAGGAUACCCAGCUCAUGACCACGUGGAGGCUUUUGCCUUUGCACACAAGAAGUUCAUGCACAAAACGGUGCACGCGGGUGAAGGUUACGGCCCUGAGAGCAUUUUUGAGGCCAUCACAGACCUCCACGCCGAGAGAAUCGGACAUGGAUUGCACCUGUUCCGCCAUGACACGCUUGAGAAACCAGAUCUGGAUGAAGACCAGCGCAAAACGUAUUGCCACGAUCUCGUGCAGUACUUGGGGAACUCAAGGACAUGCCUCGAAGUGUGUCUGUCCAGUAACUUGCAGACGACGCCCGACAUGAAACUCGAUGCCAGGAACCACCCGCUACGUGACAUGCUGACGAGCAAGUUGGCGGUGAGUCUGUGCACGGACAAUUGCACAGUGUCCCACACGAACAUGGUGCGUGAGGUGCGACUGGCGUGUGACGCCUUCCAGCUCUCCCCACACGAGCUGCGUCAGAUCCUGCUCACGGGCUUCAAGCGCUCGUUCAUGCCGGGAGACUACGCCGCAAAACGCGCCUACACGCACCACGUGAUUGAUUACUAUGACCACCUCAUCAGCGAGUUCGGUAUCAAAGACUCCAGCACCAGCAAGUCCGGUUAAGCUACAAAAUUCCAGUGUGGUUAAGGAGCUAAGCGUUAAGGCUAUUACAACCUGUCGAAGCUCAAA